AUGCCACGCAGCGUUUUGCGCCAAAUUUCUCACGCAUUUCGACAGUUUUACAAUAAUCGGCAAAAUAACAACUACAUUUUGAAACACAAUUAUUUCAGUGACAGAAAUGUUUCAGAUAUUUCUACAAAGUCUGACGAUGAUGUCGCAAUACUAUAA